AUGUCAAUUUUAUUUAAAUCCACUCGAACAUGGAUGAGACAUACUCGUCUAGAAGUUAUUGGUGUUAUGAUUUUAAUUAGUCUGUUAAUAAAUAUUUUUUCUAUUCAUCGAAUUUUUCAAUGUUCAUCAACCGAUGAAAUAAAACCAUUAACGAUAAUAAAUUCAAAUUAUAGUCCAAUAAGUACAAUUGAACGAUCAAAAAAAGCACUUGAAAAUCUUAAAUCAUUAUUAAAGAGUGUAAUGUCUCCAAAUGAUCAACCAUGGAUUUGGUUGCCUACAAAAGACUAUCCAUCUGUACCAUAUCAACCAACAUCAAUAUCAAAUCAACAUAUUCCUAAACCGAUACAUACAAAUACAAUAGUACCACAAUCUGUUAAAGAUGAAAUUAAUCGUGUAUGUCAACGAUUGACUGAAGCUAAUAAAAUUGGUGGAGAAAUUUGGUGUAAAUUAUUUACAAAAUGCUAUGCAGAUACACUAGCUACUACAACAACAUUACUCGAUGAUAAUACAUCCUAUAUAAUAACCGGUGAUAUUGAUCUUAUGUGGUUACGUGAUAGCAGUGCUCAAGUACAUCAAUAUAUGACAUUAUCAGAUGAUAAAGAUAUUCAAAAUAUAAUUGAAGGUCUUAUUCGUCGUCAGACACAAUUUAUAUUUUUUGAUCCAUAUGCAAGUUCAUUUCGCUUAACACUUCGUCCUAAUCCUCCAUCAGAUGAUUCACUUGAAUCAAACCAUAUUCAAAAAGGUCGUAAUAUUCAUGUUGCUAUGCAUAAUUAUGAAUUAGAUAGUUUAUGUUAUUAUUUACGUUUAAGUUAUACAUGGUGGAAACAAACAACACGUGAUAAUGUAUUUAAUCAUCAAUGGUUAAUUGCGGUUUCUAUUAUUAUACAAGUUAUGAUUAUUGAACAACAUCAUUCAGAAAUUUCGCCUUAUCGUUAUACAGAAUUAGGAAAUAAUUAUCAAGGUUCACGUGUAUCAUAUACAGGAAUGACAUGGAGUGCAUUUCGACCAAGUGAUGAUCAAACACAAUUUGGUUAUCUUAUUCCAAGUAAUAUGAUGGCAAGUGUAGUCUUAAAACAAAUAAAUGAAAUGAUUAAAAAAAUCUUUCCGGAACAAACGGAACUUCUCAAACAAAUUGAUCAAUUACGUGCAGAUAUUCUUUCAGGUAUAAAUACAUAUGGAAUAGUUAAACAUGAAAAAUAUGGUCAAAUCUAUGCAUAUGAAACAGAUGGAUUUUCUCAAACAUUACUUAUUGAUGAUGCAAAUGUACCAUCACUUCUUUCAGCAGCAUAUUUUAAUUUUAAAACACCAUAUGAUCCACAUGAUGAAUUGAUUACAUCAACACGAAAAUUUAUUUUAUCGAAAGAUAAUCCAUUGUUUUAUGAAGGACAACAUGCAAAUGGAAUAGGUAGUCAUCAUACACAAUCACAUUAUGUUUGGCCAAUGUCUAUUAUAAUGGAAGGUUUAACAAAUCAUUCAGAAAAAAAUCUUGAUAGUGUAUGGAAAAGAUUAGAAGCAAGUCAUGCCGAAACAUUUGCUAUGCAUGAAAGUUUUAAUGUUAAUAAUCCAAAAGAAUUUAGUCGUGCAUGGUUUGCUUGGGUAAAUUCAUUAUUCGCUGAAUUAGUUUUAGUUCAUUUAGAUAAAUUAGAAAAUUGGUUACAAUAUCGUCGUUAA